AUGGGAAGAAUGCACAAGCUCAAAUCAUCUCAGAAGGACAAGGUCCGCCAGUUCAUGGCAUGUACUCAGGCUGGUGAAAGAAUCGCUGUCUACUGCUUAACACAGGAUGAGUGGAAACUAGACGAGGCCACGGACAGCCUCUUCCAAAACCCAGACUCGUUCCACAGGGAAUCGACCCGGAACAUGGUAGACAGGAAGAAGCUGGAGCAGCUGCACAGCAGAUACAAAGACCCACAAGAUGAAAACAAAAUUGGACUUGGUGGGAUCCAACAAUUUUGUGAUGAUUUAAGCCUGGACCCUGCCAGCAUUAGUGUUUUGGUCAUAGUGUGGAAAUUCAGGGCAGCGACUCAAUGUGAAUUUCGCAAAAAGGAAUUUGUAGAUGGCAUGACAGAGCUUGGGUUUUGGCAGCUUGCUCAUUGGAAUGCUCCCACUGUCCUUGUCACUCUGGGGCCUCUUCUGCUGACACUGACCCUGUCUCAGCCCUCCCGGGUGUGA